AUGGGCCGUCUUCUGCAUGCUCACCCUCCAGCGCGCACGCCAUCCUCGUCGGGCACGAGCACGAGCACGAGCACGAGCACGAGCAAUGGCAAUGGCAACGCCAACGCCAACGGCACCUCUUCUCCAAGUCUACAGAAUCAAAAGGUGUUCAAGAGGCAGCGAUUGGACUCUGGUGAGCGUGUCUCGACGCUGCAGUCACCUAAGAUGCAGCCGCAACAGCAGGCGAUUGGACAAAAGGAGCUGCAGGGGAAAGCUCAACAGCUGCUUUUGCAGAGGAUGCAAUUGCCCAUCUGGUCAGCCAGGCAACACAUUGUGGAUGCUGUGAGGACAAGCGAUACGGUGGUGCUGCUAGCGGAAACGGGAAGCGGCAAGACGACGCGUGAGUGAUUCGAUGCGAUGCGAUGCGAUGGGUGCACCUCUCCCUCACGUCUGCCUUCUUGUCACGAGCUGAGAAAAGGAAUUGGUUGUUGUUGACGUUGACGUUGGCAUGGCAUGCACGCCACAUCUUUGCUUUUCUUCCCACCCGCCGCAGAGGUUCCCCAAUUCCUGUACGAGGCGGGCAUGACCGACGAUCGAGCGCCUCUGAUCGGAGUGACGCAGCCUCGUCGUGUAGCUGCCACUUCCCUAGCAUCACGAGUCUCAGCCGAGAUGGGCGAACCGGAUCCUGGCUCCAUCAACUCCAAGCUGCCUCGAAGCAGCAGCAGCAGAAAGAAUGGCAAAAGCCGAGGCACAGAAGAGGUGGGAGUGGGAAGAGUGGCUUAUGCCAUUCGAUUCGAUGAUAGAACCGGACCUAAAACCGCAAUCAGGUUCAUGACCGAUGGGCUGCUCUUGCGCGAAGUCAUCGGCACCGCAGCUUCGACGGGCUUUGGACAGCGUGGCCAAAGCAAAGAGACGCAUAGCCAAGAGGACCAGUCAGCUACAAAUUCAGGUCCGACGCACAGCAUGCUCGACCGCUACUCUGUGCUCAUCAUCGACGAAGCGCACGAACGCACAGUCGAUACGGAUCUCUUGUUGGGAUUGGUUAAACGCAUACAAGCCAAGCGCAAAGAGGCGCACAUCCGAUGGAAGGACAGACAAGAUCGACGAGCAAGGAUCGCAAGCUCCACUACAUCAGAGCAAAGGCACCAGGACGCGGAUGCGGAACCUCGGCUGCUGAAGGUGGUGGUCAUGAGCGCCACCUUGGAUGCCGAAAAGUUCUCCACCUUCUUCUCCUUGGCGGAUGCAAAGGGACGAACGGUACCCGCACCCAUCCUAUAUGUCCAGGGAAGGAUGCACAAAGUUAGACUGUCGCAUACUCUAGAGCCGUGUUUGGACUGGACAGAGGCUGCCAGGGCCACAGUGUUCCAAAUUCACACGACUCGACCGCCAGGCGACGUGUUGAUAUUCGGCACUGGAGCCGAAGAGAUCGACGGACUGUGUCACACUCUCUCCUGCCUAAAUGGUAUUUUGGAGCUUCAUGAUGAGAAGAAAAGAGCAGAGAAGGGGCUUGGGGCGGGUAAAGUGGGAGAGGAGCGGUUGUUGCCUGUUCCACUGUAUGCUGCGCUUGGACCUGUGGGCGUAGCUGCUGCUUUUGCGCCCACGCCGCCCGGAUACAGAAAGGUCAUCGUAGCUACAAACAUUGCAGAGACGAGCAUCACCCUGCCCAACAUACGCUACGUCAUCGACUGUGGGCUUGCCAAGGAACGAGGAGUCAAAAGAGGCGGAGCAGGUGGAGGCGCAAGAUCAGGACUGGGAGGAUCUAGGAUUACGAGCUUAGAUGCUGGACCCAUCAGCAAAUCUGCAGCUGAUCAGAGAGCUGGUCGAGCAGGACGAACGGCGGACGGCGACUGUUUCAGGCUGUACACGCUACAAUCCUACGAGGAGGAAUUGGCAGAGGAAAGCACGCCAGAGGUGGAGAGGGCGGAUCUCACCAAUGCUUUCUUGGCGCUGUUCAGCAUCGGUAUCAUGCCGCACGAGUUUGAGUGGAUCAGUCGACCUGAAGAGGAAGAGGUGCAUGCGUCCAUCGUUGCGCUCAGCGUGCUGGGUGCUAUCGAGCCUUGUCCCGCUCCGCAGAUGGGCAUGAGGAUAACGAGAUUGGGCACGAGAAUGGCAGCAUUGCCUCUACCUGCUCCAUUGGCCAGGACGCUGAUCGCUGCGGGAGAAGAGGGACCGACUGUAUCUCGUCAGGCUAGAGACCUUGUAGCCAUCCUCUCAAGCGAUAGGGCUAGCGUCCUCUACCUUCCUGCUCCUCAUCUCAAAGAUGCUUCCCUCGUCAAGGGCGCGGGCGCUGGAGCCAAGGGCAAAAGCGAGAGCGAUAAAGCUGCAGAAGCUCAUGCAAAAUUUGCCCAUCCGACGGGAGAUCAUGCGACGCAAUUGUCUGCUUUGUACGCCUACAUGGAUGCCAACGAAGAGUUUUCGAGCAAGCUUCUGGACCUGGACGGCUCGCGCGCGGGCGUGGGCGCGACCAAUGGCAAGAGCAAGGGAAUGUUCAAGAGGAGAAAUAUGGAAUUGAAAGCGUGGUGCGAAGCGAAUUACAUUUCGUUUAGAAAUGUCAAGCAGGUGCUCGAUAUUCGUAGACAGAUUGACUUGAUCUGCAAGAAAGCGGGCAUCGUCUGCGACGAUCAUGAUCGCGACCUCGAACGGUCUGAGCGAGGCAGAUCAUCAGGUCUUCUCAGCGCUUCUGCGUCGGCUUCCACUUCGACCAGGAGCACGCCGGAUUCGGCCGAUGAGAACGAGACGUUGCGCAAGGCUGAUGGACUGUUUGUGAGGAGAGGAGGCAAUGCGUCUAGACAAGAGGGCUUGGCGAACGCAUCGGGAGUGGAAGAUUAUUCGGCCUUGAGGAGGUGCUUGUUGAAAGGAAGACCUGCGGAUUUUGCUAUUCGACAAGAAGAUGGAAGUUAUAUCAAGGAUGGUCAUUUGGUGAGUUGGGCUUUCUUCUCCUCUCCACAUCUUGCUCUUUUCUUGCCCCUUUCCGCUGUGCACGUCCAGAAACAUGUGUCGGUGGUCUUGGUGGUCAUAGCUGAACACGUUCCGCGACCCCCCCUCCGCCCCGCCCUUUUUGCCUCUCUCUCAAUACAUAUCUAGACGCUUCGGAUCCAUCCGUCUUCCUUUCUAUUUGGACACAACAACCCGACGCGAUCGAACUCGACGGCAAGCGCAGCAGGAGCAUCCUCCAAUGCGAAACCUAGCGCAAUCAUCUUUGACGAAGUGCUCUUCACUACGCAAUACUUUGCCAGGACAGUCAGCGCUAUCGAGCCGGCCGAAUUGGCUAGUGUGGAUGAGGAGAUUAGGAACAGACCCGCACUUGCUGGGUUUGUCAAGAGGUUGGAAAAGUGA